UUCUGUUUGCGAACCCCUGGAAAUGGACUAGGUAACCUUUAAAAUAAUAACAAAACGGUUUUUUGCGGCAUUUCCUUUGUUAAGCACCCAACGCCAGGUGUUUUUACGGCGCAACAGUUUUCCCCUUCAAACUUACCACCAACCCUCAGUGUGCAUAGGAAUCUACCGGAAAUUAGCUGUGGAACGAUAGGUUUGCACUGCUGAGGGAUACUAAAAAUCAAGUUCAAGUAAGUGCUGUUUCAGUGUUGUUGGUAGUAUUUUGUAGAUUUCAGAUUAGUAAUUUUUGAUUGAUUACAUGAAGAAUAUCUUUAUAUAGAAUGCUUGGUCAUGGUAUCUCCUUUAUCUAGAAUGCAAACUAAGACUUUCCCGGGUAUGUCAUCUAUGUUGCAAGAGAAAGAAAACUAUGAAGAACUCAACCAAAUUGGAAAUGGAGCGUAUGGAACUGUUUACAAAGGCAGGGAUCUUGUAAAUAAAGGAAAAUUUGUAGCCAUGAAAAAAAUUAAAAUUCCUCUAGCUCAAGAUGGUGUACCUAUGUCAACUCUCCGUGAAAUUGCUUUACUUAAGCAACUUGACCAACAAGAGCAUCCCAAUAUUGUCAAGUUAUUAGAUGUUGUGCAUGGUCCAAGAUUGUAUAAUGAGAAAUGUAUGACUUUAUAUUUAGUAUUUGAACAUAUUGAACAAGAUUUAGCUACAUAUAUGAUAAGAUGUCCUAAACCAGGAAUGUCUUCAGAAAUUAUAAAGAGUGUUAUGCGGCAAAUAUUAUCAGGUGUAGAUUUUCUGCAUUGUAACAGAGUUGUUCAUAGAGAUCUUAAACCUCAAAAUGUUCUAGUAUCUAGUGAUCUUAGAAUCAAAAUAGCUGAUUUUGGAUUAGCUAAGAUUUAUGAUUUUGAUAUGAAAUUAACCUCAGUUGUGGUUACUUUAUGGUACCGUGCACCUGAAGUUUUAUUAGGGUUACCUUAUGCAACUGCAGUUGAUAUUUGGGCUUGUGGGUGCAUAAUGGGAGAAAUGUAUCAGUUAGCGCCACUUUUUAAUGGAGAAUCUGAGGCUGAACAACUUGACCGAAUAUUUAGGUUAAUUGGACUGCCUUCAGCCAUAAAUUGGCCCAAAAAUGUUUCUUUAAUGAGGAGUUCCUUUGAAUCUUACCCACAAAUUAGUUUAAAUACUGCUAUUCCAGAACUAUGUUCUGAUGGAGCUGAUUUACUUACAGAUAUGUUGAUGUUUGACAGUACUAAAAGAGUGACAGCGAGAAAUGCUUUAAAACACCCAUACUUUAACAAAUAAAAUUUAUAUUGACUGUGGUACCCAUACAACUUUAAUUAAUUGAAUUUUAUUGUAUACAAAUCUGUAUUUGUAUCAUGAAGUCUUAGACAAUGUUAAUGUUACAACAAACAGUAUUGCAAGUUUUUAGAAGAUUAAAUACAUUCCUAAUUAGAAAUUACAAAUUUAAGUUUCGGUACAGUUAACCAUUUAGGUAGUUUUUGUUAGAACAGUUACCAGAACCAUAAUUUGGGUAAUCAUUUUUACCAUAGUAUAAAUUAAGAUCUCCUCUGCAUGUUUAUAUUUUACAUACUCCACCUUGGAUCUCUAUCAUAGUGACCCAUAUCUAUUUUCUUUAAGAUGAUAUAUUAUUUUGCUCAAUAUGUUUGCAUAAUUAUAUUGGUAAACAAAGACUUGCCACCCAUAUACAUUACUUGACAAAUCUUUUCCAUAUAUCCAUUCUUAAAUCUAUUCUGUACUUGUAAUAUUAAGGUAUUUUUUAUGUAUAACGUCUGUAAUUUAUAGUUGAUGUACUAUAAUCCAUUAGUUCAUAACUGUGUUUUAAUUUUAAGUUAAUUUGCUUUGUAUAUUAUAUUUAACUGAUUUACUAAUUGGGUUUUAAUUAUAUAAUUAAAUAAAUCUCGAUUUUUUUUUAUAUUA